AUGGCGGCGGCGAUCCGGUCCCUCCUCCGCAAGGCGGCGCCGUCCCUCGGCCGCGGGUCGCCGGCCCUCGGCCGCAUGUCGCCGGUGGUGCAGGGGCUUUCGCCGGCGGCGCGCCUCCUCUCAACGACGGGGGGACAAGUGGCUUAUUCUGAUGAUGAUAAAACGCUGGCCAAACAGCGUGAGGAAAUAAAGCGCAUGACUGCUGAGUUUGAUGCGAGCAUGCUGGAGAUCCGCAAGAAUUUGGAUGCUAUGGAUGAAAUUGAGAGGCGGAGUGCGGAGGACUAUGAGAAGUUCCGUAAGAAGCUAAACAAUAUUGAGAAAGCAUGCAAUGUUGCUUUGAUCGUGCUGGUGCCUAGCACUGUUCUGCUUUUUAUGUCACUGUAG